UCCCAGAGACUUGCAAUAAAGUUAAAUAUUGUACACAUUCAACCGCUGUCCAUCCGUUCUGCAUCAUCCCUAAAAUUUGGUGAACCCAGGCCUAAAACUAUUUUAUCAGAAUGAAGAUGAUGCUGCUUCCACUGCUGCUCUUUUUCUCUGCACUGCCUGCUCUUAUAGCAGAAUCUUCUAAUUAUUCUGAUCGUGAAGCUCUGAUUGGUUUCAAGGCUGCUCUCUCUUUCGAUCCAUUUAAUUCUUUGCUCGAUUGGUCUCUCGGUCACAUCUUUUGCAAUUGGACAGGUGUUACCUGCUCUCCUCCCCCCCAGCGUGUGGUUUCCUUGAAUCUCACAGGUAUGGGAUUAUUUGGCCCCAUCUCUCCAUUACUGGGAAAUCUUUCCUUCCUUACAGUGCUUGAUCUCUAUAAUAACAGCUUCCAGGGACAUAUUCCAUACCAAAUUGGAAAUCUUUUUCGCUUAACAGCGCUUCGGUUGUCUCGUAACAAUUUGGAAGGUCCCAUUCCAUCAUCUCUAGGAGGUUGUCGUUCUUUACGAUUUCUCAGACUGUCGCUUAACAAUUUAAGUGGAAGCAUUCCCUCUGAAUUUAGUCUUCUUUCAAAUUUAGAAACCAUGUCAAUAGCGGUAAAUCAGUUGACAGGCGUUCUCCCACCUUUCAUGGGCAACUUGUCCUCUUUAACUAUAAUAGAGUUGGGUGAAAAUAGAUUCGAAGGUAGCAUUCCUGUUGAAUUGGGUAUGCUUACUCAGCUUAACUGGCUUAAUGUUCACACCAAUAACUUAAUAGGGUCAAUUCCCGUUGCCCUUUCCAAUUGUUCUCAUCUCCAAAUGUUGCAAUUAUAUCAGAACAACUUAACUGGCCCAAUUCCCUGGGAACUUGGCAGGCUAUCAGAGUUGCAAUACGUGUAUUUGUGGGGAAAUCAACUCGCUGGUGAAAUACCCACCUCACUGGGUAAUUGGACUCAGCUGCAAGUGCUUUAUCUGGAGCGCAACAAACUAAGCGGCACAGUGCCCCUGGUAUUUGGGAAAAUGAAGCAGCUCAGACGGUUUAUUUUGUGGCAGAACCAUUUUGUGAGUGGAGGCAGUGAUUUGCCUAUUCUAACAGAUUUGACAAAUUGCUCCAGCUUGGAACAACUUGAUUUGGGUUUAAAUUAUCUCACUGGCGUCUUGCCCAAUUCAGUUGGCCACCUGUCCAAUUCACUCUCCUUUCUUGCAUUGAACUAUAAUGAAAUUGAGGGAAACAUACCAGAUGAGAUUGGUAACCUCACAAACUUGGCAACAGUAACCCUGGAAGCAAACCGCUUCAAUGGGACAAUUCCAUCUACACUCAGUAAACUAUCAAAUCUGGAGAGGAUAUUUCUGGACAAAAACAAUUUAGAAGGAAGAAUUCCAGAAAGUUUGGGCCAAUCAAAAAGGCUUGGAUUGUUGUCAAUUAGUGAAAACAUGCUUUCAGGGUCAAUUCCAGAGAGUCUUGGCGACCUCCCACAAUUACGAGAGCUUGAUCUUCAUCGCAAUCAACUGUCAGGGGAAAUACCUGCUAGUUUAGGGAGAUGUCAAACUUUGGAAAGGGUGGACUUGGCUUACAACCAACUUACAGAAAAUAUACCUCCUGAAGUUGCAGGUCUUCAGAAUCUCCAUUUGUACUUCAACCUUUCUAACAAUUUAUUGAAAGGUUCAAUUUUGGAUGUGAGCAAAAUGGUUAUGGUUUUAGCUAUAGAUUUAUCUCACAAUCAUUUCUCUAGUGGCAUUCCAAGCGCUCUAGCAAGCUGUACGGCUUUAGAGUAUCUAAACCUUUCUUGGAAUGCAUUUGAAGGUCCAAUUCCAGUGUCUCUGGCAACACUAAAAAAUCUAGAAGACAUGGACUUUUCCGGCAACAAUUUGUCAGGUACAAUACCAGUGGCUUUCGAAGACAUGAAAAUGCUUCGCCAUCUAAAUCUAUCUUCAAACAGAUUAACUGGAGAGGUUCCAAAGGGAGGGGUUUUCUCAGAUCUUGGCUCCUCGGCAGUUGCAGGAAAUCUUGGCCUCUGUGGUGCAUGGAUAAAUUUACCACCGUGCCCUAAUUUCAAGUCCAAGCACAAAGGGCUAUCAGUCUCCCGUAAGGUAAUAAUUUCUGUUCUGAUCAGCAUUGUAAUAUUAGUCCUGUGCUUUGUAUUGCUUGCAUUUUUCUAUAAAUGGAGAUGUAAGAGGCAGAGCAUCUCCACUGACAAAUUAGACCAGGGUUCCUCUACUGAAAGUGACAGUGUAGAUCAGAGUACCCUUGAUCUCCAUGUAGAACCCACAAGGAUUUCAUAUGAAGAACUUGUGAGUGCAACUCAUGGAUUUAGUGAGGCAAAUCUGCUAGGGAAGGGUGGCUUCGGAUCAGUUUAUAAAGGAAUUCUGAAUAAUGGGAGAAAUAUUGCUGUCAAAGUUCUUAAUUUCCAAGAUAAAAAUGCCCAUAAAAGUUUUACUACAGAAUGCAAUACACUGAAAAGAGUUAGACACCGCAAUGUGAUUAAAAUCAUAACAGUCUGUUCCAACCCUGUUCUUAAAGCUUUGGUUCUUCCAUUCAUGUCAAAUGGAAGUUUAGAUAGGUGGCUGUACCCAGAGGGAGGAGAUGAAUGCAAACUGAAUUUAAAUGAAAGAUUAAUAAUUGCACUAGGAAUAGCCCAGGGGAUGGAGUAUCUACAUCAUCAUUGUUUUGUGGAAGUGAUACAUUGUGACCUGAAACCAAGUAAUGUGUUAAUGGGUGAUGAUAUCAAUCCAUAUAUAGGAGACUUUGGCAUUGCAAAAGUGGUUUUUGGAAACUCUCUUGAUUCAUUGGCUUCUACAAAUGCACUUCAAGGAUCUUUUGGUUACAUGGCACCAGAAUAUGCAAUGGGUGGAAAGAUUGGGACAACAGGAGAUAUAUAUAGUUAUGGUAUUUUACUCCUGGAGCUUUUGACAAGGAAGAAGCCAACAGAUACAAUGUUUACAGAAGGAUUGACUCUUCCUAAAUGGGUAAGUAUUAAUUUUCCAGAUAAAAUAGCCGAAGUGGUGGAUCACACCCUACUUAGAAAUGUGAAUGAAUCAGACACAUCAAUGGUGUUGGUAUGUCUUACUCAACUUUUACAGGUAGGGUUGGUUUGUACAAAUAAAUCCCCACUUCAACGUCCCAGUAUGAAAGAAGUUGUCAUGAAGCUAAACGAUAUUAAAGAUGGUUUUCUUAAUUUGAGAAACGAACCAGCCAAAUAAAAAAAUUUGUUUAAUUGAAAGGACAGGGUUCUAAAACUGAAAUAUUUGUUGAGACCGAUCAGGUCAGUAUCAUUCUUUUUAA